AUGCCACCUCAAUUUAAUAUUGAUGAUUUCGAACGAUUGAGUAAAGUUGGAGAAGGUACCUAUGGCAUUGUGUAUAAAGUGUGUCAUCGACCAACAUCACAAAUUUAUGCAUUGAAAAAAAUUCGAUUAGAAGGUGAAGAUGAUGGUGUACCAGCAACAGCUAUACGUGAAAUAUCAAUAUUAAAAGAACUUCGACAUCAAAGUAUUGUUCAACUUCGUGAUGUUAUUCUCACUGAUGCACGUCUUUAUUUAAUAUUUGAAUAUUUAGCAAUGGAUUUAAAAAAAUAUUUUGAUUGCUUAGGUGAAAAUGAAGAUAUGAAUGUUGAAUUAAUUCGAAGUUAUACGUAUCAAGUAAUUGAUGCAUUACUUUUUUGUCAUUGUCGUCGAAUAAUUCAUCGUGAUUUAAAACCACAAAAUCUUCUCGUCGAUACGAAAGGUAUUAUUAAACUUGCUGAUUUUGGUUUAGCAAGAGCAUUCAGUGUACCACUUCGAAUAUAUACACACGAAGUUGUUACAUUGUGGUAUCGAGCGCCUGAAGUUUUACUCGGUGCUUCACGCUAUUCAUGUCCAGGUAUUUAUGGAAAAUAG